GCACCAGUUGUUGAAGAUAUACUUGAAAACAAAGUCCAUCCAUUUGAAAGUGUGGUAUUUGAGGGAUGGGAUGGGAUUUAUUGUGUUAGAAAGUAAUGGGAAUUGAAAAGAAAAGGGGUGGGUGGGUCCCAAUGUUGGUGAAUGGAAUAGGCUAUAUAAUGAUAGUAGUUGUUCCAUUUGAAAACAAGCAGAAUCCUAGGGUAAUAAAUGGCUUCAAGAAGAAUUCUCAAGGAGCUGAGAGAGUUGCAGAAGGACCCUCCAACAUCAUGUAGUGCAGGUCCAGUGGGUCAAGACAUGUUUCAUUGGCAAGCAACAAUAAUAGGACCAAAUGAAAGCCCCUAUGCUGCUGGUGUUUUCCAAGUUACCAUCCAUUUCCCUCCUGAUUAUCCUUUCAAACCUCCCAAGGUAGCGUUCAGGACAAAAGUAUUUCACCCAAACAUAAACAACAAUGGGAAUAUAUGUUUAGAUAUCCUGAAAGAUCAGUGGAGUCCAGCUCUCACCAUUUCUAAGGUACUUCUUUCAAUAUGUUCAUUGCUAACAGAUCCGAAUCCAGAUGACCCAUUGGUUCCUGAGAUAGCUCAUAUGUAUAAAGCUGAUAGAUCCAAAUACGACUCUAUGGCUCGUACCUGGACCCACAAAUACGCCAUGUGCUGACUUCAAAUAUUAUCAGACCAACCAACCACUUUGUUGUCGUUUACAAUUUCUUUUUAUAUCUACCUACUCAAUUAUAUCUCAAUGCAUUUCUACUCUUCAUUCA